GUCGCGCCACGGCGGCGUAUGUUGGAUGCGAUUCCGCUUGUAAACAGUGGAAAAUAUUGCGAUUUACGCCACAAUACAACCGAUAUAUCACAUAACAAUAGUGUUUUCAUUCAUUCCGAGCACAGGGACGCUGGAGUAGCGCGUCAAAACAUCCAUUCUCACCAUAUACCCCGUUUGUUUUUGUUUUAUUUACGCCGGGAAAAUGCCGGCUUGAACUCGUGAAUAUUAUACAUUUAGUGCGUUUCUUUGUUCCGUGACGUUUAUGGGAUUGUAGACGAUUGUUGUGUGUUUUUUUUGGUUUAUUUUUCAUUUGUUUUGUUUUUCGGUCGAAGUGUGCCGGAGGACACGUGUGCUAUCGAUCGCCCGGCGAGUUUGAGAUAAACUGUACGGUUUUGGGAGCCAUUUGUGAAACAAAGGCAUAGUUUGUGAAAAGGUGAUCGUGUAAUACAAUCGAAAUACAGAUUAAAUACCCCAAACGGAUGAGGCGUAUUGGCCACGGACCAUGAAUUAGAUAUCGCUAAAAACGAUAUCGAAACGUGAGUAUCCAGACUUGAAGACUCCAAAUGUCGAAGAAUGAGUUUCGAGGAUGCCGGUUUCCUGAAGAUGGCCUCACGCACCCCGUCCCUUGAGUCGCUGCCCGGUGCCAACUCUAUAGGUUCGCUGGAGCGUGGCUCCUUAUCACCACUGACUUUGAGCGGCUCCUCGCCUCCCGCGAGCGAUUCUGCCGUAUGUGAUCUUCGCGAGUUCGACGGCCUUGACACCACCUGUGCGAUUUGCCGAGAGACAUUCGUCGACCCUAAAGUACUCAAUUGCUUCCACACAUUCUGUAGAGGCUGCUUAGAAAGAGAACAAACACACCCCGACAAAGUAACUUGUGUCACUUGCCGCGUGGACAGUCAGCUUCCACCAGCCGGUGUCCCUGGCCUGUUGACAAAUCUUGUGAUCGCAGCAGCGGUUGAACAGGACGCGGAUCUCCUGCCGUCUGCUCGCCAAACCAGCUCGCCAACCGCACGUUGUACCGGUUGCAAGUCAAAGGAAUCAGACGCUGUAGCGCGCUGUGUAGAUUGCGCUAACUUCCUCUGCCCUAAUUGCGUCAUGGCUCAUCAAUUCAUGCAUUGCUUCGAAGGUCAUCGCGUUCUCGCGUUUACAGACUUAAAAGAUGACAAAGGUCUUCUUGCUCAAACACUCACCGCUAGUGGCGAUAAGACCGCAUUCUGCCCGAGACACAAAAACGACAUCUUAAAAUAUUUUUGCCGCACUUGCUCAGUACCAGUUUGUAAGGAAUGUACUAUUAUUGAACACCCUGCGGCAUUGCAUGACUGCGAACAUUUAUCUGACGCGGGACCUAAACAACUGGAACUUAUGCAGACAGCUGUGAAUGAAGCGAAAACGCGUGCUACAGAGAUCAGACACGUUGUAAAAACAGUAGAACACGCUGCUGGUAAACUACAGGUGCAAUAUCAUAAAGCUCAAAACGAAAUCAAUGAUACGUUCCAAUUCUACCGCUCUAUGUUAGAAGAGCGCAAACAGGAGUUACUCAAGGAACUGGAAAGCGUUUUCUCAACUAAACAAAUUGCUCUGACCGUUGUCGGACAAAAAGCUCAAGAGACAGUCGACAAAAUUUAUCAAACGUGUGAUUUUGUUGAAAGGUUGACGAAAUGCGCCAAUAUUGCUGAAAUACUGAUGUUCAGGAAGCUAUUAGACACCAAACUGCAAUCUUUAAUGAGCACAAACCCCGAACAAAGUGUGCAAACAGCUUGUGAACUUGAAUUCGUUUCUAACUACCAAGCGAUACAAGUUGGUGUAAGAAACACUUUUGGAUAUGUGCGUUCUAGUUCUGAAGCGAACGUGGGCCCUACCAAGCAACCUCCGAUUGCACGCCCAACUAAUGGCUCUCUAUUAAACGGGGGAUCAUCGUCAAGCAGUAGCAGCGUUAAUGGAAGCUCUGGCAGCCUGAAUGGCGGAAUUCAUCUACCUACCGGAUUAAACGGAGUAUUAGACCGACCUUACUCUAAUGGGUUACUGGGUCCCGCUAGCCAAUCAACGUCUCCAUUUGAUUCAAAUAUCAUUUCAAAAAGAUUUAACAGCGGUAGCACUCUGGGGCCGUUUUCCACUACCAUUGGAGACAUAAACUUGAACGGUAUAAAUCCCUACGAAAAAUGGUCAAACGGAGGAUGUGACUCGCUCUUCCCACCGACAGCUACUGACCCUUACUCACUCACAGCUGCUGCCCAUACUGAUCCUAUUUUAGACCUGACAAACAAGCUAAUAUCCACUGCCAUAUUCCCUCCAAAAUCUCAAAUUAAAAGGCAAAAGAUGAUAUACCACUGCAAAUUUGGUGAAUUCGGUGUAAUGGAAGGCCAAUUCACUGAACCCAGCGGCGUAGCUGUCAAUGCUCAAAACGAUAUUAUUGUCGCUGAUACAAAUAAUCACAGGAUCCAGAUAUUUGACAAGGAAGGACGUUUUAAAUUCCAAUUCGGCGAGUGUGGAAAACGUGAUGGACAGCUUUUAUAUCCCAAUAGAGUAGCUGUAGUACGUACAUCCGGAGACAUCAUUGUAACCGAAAGAUCACCAACACACCAAAUACAGAUCUACAACCAGUACGGACAAUUCGUUCGAAAAUUCGGAGCGAACAUCCUUCAACACCCACGUGGUGUCACCGUGGACAAUAAAGGCCGGAUCGUAGUUGUGGAAUGUAAAGUAAUGCGUGUCAUUAUCUUUGAUCAAGUUGGCAAUGUUCUACAGAAAUUCGGGUGCUCCAAACAUUUAGAAUUCCCGAACGGUGUAGUGGUGAAUGACAAACAGGAGAUAUUCAUCAGUGACAACCGUGCGCACUGUGUUAAAGUGUUCAACUACGAAGGCAUAUACUUACGCCAGAUCGGCGGCGAAGGAGUGACAAACUACCCAAUCGGUGUAGGAAUAAACGCUGCUGGCGAAAUUCUCAUUGCUGACAAUCACAACAACUUCAACUUAACGAUAUUCACUCAAGACGGACAGCUGGUUUCGGCUCUAGAGAGCAAAGUAAAACAUGCUCAAUGCUUCGACGUAGCCCUGAUGGAUGACGGCUCUGUAGUGCUCGCGAGUAAAGAUUACCGCCUCUACAUCUACCGUUACGUUCAGGUUCCGCCUAUCGGGAUGUGAAUAUAACUUUAACAAGAUCACAAACAAUGACCGACGAAAAGCCAAAACCAAUUUCAAACGCAAAAUUUCAACGAUUCUGGCCAAUUGUGUCAAUUUUUAAUACAAAAGUGACUAUAUGAAGUGAAUAUAAACUAUUGGACUAUUGUUAAGCGCGAGUGUAACUAUGAUUGCGGCUGUCUCGAUGUGAUCAAUUUUACUAAUAGCGAGAAUCUUUCACCGAUGUAUUGGCGUUGGAUCUCUAAAUGCAUUAUUAUAUUUAAACGAAACUGUAAUGAGAUUAGUUUUAGUAUUGACAUUGUUAUGAGUACCUAUUUGAUGUAUAAGAGAUUAUUCCGUUGGUUUGAUCCGGAAAAUUGAAUGAUUCUCGACCCUUAUCAUUUUUGAUCUAUUGAAUAAUAUUUUUCCAUAUCCCACGUCGUUAAAUUAGGGAUGAAUAUUAAGGGCGUUUGUAUUAUUUAGCCCAUUUGUUGGACCAAUAUUUUAACUAUUAUUACUUAAAAAUUGUUAGGCGUUAAGCGAGUGAUUUUAUUGUAAUAAGAGAGCAUCGAGUGGUAUUGUUGUUAGUGUUAAGAUAUUCUUCGGCACAACGGCACUUCCUGUUUUUAAUUAGCACUUAUUCUGUGUCGAUGGAAACAUAAUUAUGAAUCUAAUUAAGAGUUGUUACAUUAUUAUUAGGUAAGUGUUAAAUUGAAUUAACUAAUAUGGACAAUCUUUAGUUACUACCCUUUUUAACGUAGUUACAAAAAAAAAAUUAGGGAAUGUGAUGUUAGGGGUUUUAUCAAUGACAAAGUUGACUGCGGCGUUUCUUAAAUAUGAGAUCGAGGUUAUCAAUACUGUAGAUCUUCAAAAUUAAAUUGAACAUCACAAGACGAUACGCGAUUUGUCUCUGUGAGUUUUUGUCACAAAUCUUAAGGUACGCCAGUCUAUUGAAUGAUUAAUAACUUAGAGUAUUAUAAAGCAUUUCUGAAAUGGUUGUCGUUUUAAUUUUUUUGUGUAUUGGGAAACUGCUAGACGACAGUUUUACUCAGACCGAUAUGACGUCAAUACCGCCUAGUCACUGAGAGCCCACGAUCCAUAAAUUCCUCAAUUUCGUUGUUUUUAUUACAAUUAGUAACAUUUGGUUGAUAAUAAUAUUAUUCGUUUUUAUACAAAUUUAAGUAGGUGUUUGAAUAUUUUUAUUAAUGAAACACGGUAGUAACUAGUAGAGCACGUUAGCAAAGGUUCGUUUCGCUAGAUUUUUGAUUUUACUUUUUUUUCGAGAUUUUAACAGUGUAAUGCAUUUUGCUGCUCAUUGUAGUAUUAAAGCUUGCUCGAUAUAUAAAUGACUUAUAAAUCUGUUAUUCUGGUAAGAUAUUUUUUAUACGGAAACAACUUUAUUUUUGUAGCAGUAGUAUUAUACGGUGCAUGUGUAACGUUUAUUUUCUUUCGUAUUUUAUUAAUAUUAUGCUAUUAUUAUUUUACUACAAUACCGUGUGUUUGAGUGUGUUAGCAGAAUUAUUUUAGUUUGAUUUUUCUUUAGUUAUGAUUUUUUGUAGUUAAUAAUGUUUUUUAUUUAGUUUUCGUGAUGAAUCUAUGACAAUAAACAGAUCUGAUGCGAUCCAUAGCUCCAGGGUCGGAGAUUUUUCUUAAUAAUAAUUGAUCUGGAUAAGAUAAUUUAAGGAUAUGCAUACCGUUUUGGUGAUAUUCCUACUUUUUUUAAAUUAUCGUCUGUAUAUUUAAUGAGAGCGAUUGAAGCCGCGCCGACGUAUGUGUGUACCCGCUAGCACCUUUGCUCAUUUGCAAUACCUGCUUUCCAUGUGCCAUACAACCAAGUUGUGAUGUAAUAAGUGAUAUUAAGUGUUGUUUGUAAAUAUAUGUACCAUAAUCUACCGAUUUUAUUAAAUUUAAUCAUAAGUUUAUACGAUCAAUCCUGUCAAAUGAUUUCAUCUUUACUAUUAGUGCAAGUUAGGGCCGAUAAUGCUAUGAAAUGUUAACAAAACUUCAUGGAUUCUCCCUUUUCUACUUCUUAUUCUUAUAUUUUAUUCAUUAUUGUUCGCAUACUUGCAUUAAAAUGAUACUUCUAAAGGCAUUUCCUUUGUUGAUUUUAUCAUCUGCAUUUUGCAGUUGACGGUGCUUUCAAUUUGCUCAUACUCGACGUGGCUUCGAUAGAAAUCCAUCAGAAUCUGCCACUAGAUUAGGCGAAAUGGAAUCUCCUACCCAAUCUUUAGAGUCAAAAUUUCAGUGAUGCAUCACCAAUGAUUUUAUGUAUAGACUGCCCUGUUCCUAGUAAAUUAUUCCCUUCUGAGAUUGGUUGGUUUGAUUUUGUUUUUUCUAAUCUACUGCGCUAAUACGAUUGUUGUAAGCUUGAAAAGUUUAAACCGGCCAUGCUUCUUUAGUCCUUUCGGUUUUAAGUGGAAUAUUAUCUCAACAACGCUUAUCAUCUCGCGUCAUCUAAUGAUUGUUACGCUUACCGAAUCUAAAGUCACUUUAGAAACUGUUCGGUUUAAAUAGAUCACUUAGAAUAAAAUCAAGAUUUUCAUUCGUUAAAUUACAUGCCCUAUGUUCAAAUUCUACGAAUGAAAUUUCUUGUAAAUCAUACGCUUCUACUUAAUUGAACUCUUUCAACGUAUUAUAUUUAUCUUAAGUACCUAUAGCUUAGUAUAUCGAAAUUUCUAUAAGGUUAUGCAAAUUUUGACAACUGCCGUUUUGUUUUUUUUUUUUUUUUUUAAUAUCAUAAUCUUAUGUAAUCCUUUAUUAUUUCAGUUAUAGUAGUAAUGAUUUAGUUUUUGUUUAAUCUGGAAUUUUUUUUUUUUAAUUUUUAUCAUUAUUUUCGUUCAGAACAUAAUUUGUGUUUUUGCAUAAUAUACUAAAUAGAAUUAUUUUACAAAUGAACCGUUCAUUCUAAAAUUGCAUUUCUAAAGUUUGAGGACUGAUUAAAAUUGAAACAUGUUUUGUCUUUAAAUAUAUUUUGUCGAUGUUUGUUGUUAUAAUUAUUAUAUUUUUUAAUUAUUUGUAUAAACAAUUGUUCUUUAA